AACUGGUAUGGUGCUAUGGUACAUUGUAUGAAGCAUGGCGGCAGGCUUGCCACCAUCUCGAGUUUCGAGGAGAACGAGAUAGUCAAAUCGAAGAUCAACAAGUCAGGUCAGAAGCCUCAGUUCUGGACGUCAGGAAUGAACUACCCCCUGACCGAAACAUGGACAUGGAUGAGCACAGGACAACCCUUAACGUACACAGACUGGACUGUUGGACAGCCUGACAGCUGGUUAAAUCUGGUUGUGGGAGAACACUGCUUGGAGCUCUGGGAGCCGGGGCACUACCGCUGGAAUGACAGGAACUGCUUGGAUAUCUUAUAUUUCAUUUGUGAAUAUUACGAUUGAUAGUGUUUCUGUAUGUUGCAUUUCAUACCAACACACAGAAAUUGUAGUUUCACAUUGUUAUCAAUGGUUCUAUCAGAAAUUUUAAUUUUUAGUUAAAAAUAAAAAAAAUAUUACAAAUCUGUACAAUGGUUUUACCAUUCGCGGGGCUGUUACUUCAAUCCGUGAAUGUGAAAAACAUACCUGUACUGGCCCAGGUCGUCCAGGAAUAUAAAUUGCCAGUAUGGUUAUUAUUUAUCCAUGACAAUUUUUAUUGUUAAACUACGUACAUUUAAAUACUAACUAAAUAUUAUAUUAUUACGUGACUUUUUUCUCACGAUAGGUAUUGGGGAAUAAAUACGACACUAUAGUUUUAUACCCAUCUUGACCUUUGCUUAUACUAGUUUUUUUAUUAACUCCUUCAUCUAACUGAGGAAACGAAAAAUAGUAGAUAGCCUAUAGACGGGCUCUCUUAUUUUACACUUAACGUGUAGAGUUUCAGAAGUUAUUUUCCAAUCUUAUUGGACAUGCCGUUAUAAAGAAUUGGAUUAUAUACUGUUACUGAUACUUAUGUUAUAAUAGCAUAGCAAUAAAACCCAACCAACCUGUA